UCUAGGCUACGCCCCCGGUGGCGCGGAGAGCAGAGCCAAGAUGGCGGCCGAGUUGGAGUACGAGUCGGUGCUGUGUGUGAAGCCUGAUGUCAGCGUCUACCGGAUUCCACCCCGGGCUUCCAACCGCGGUUACAGAGCAUCUGACUGGAAAUUAGACCAGCCUGAUUGGACUGGUCGCCUUCGAAUCACUUCAAAAGGGAAGAUUGCUUAUAUCAAACUGGAGGAUAAAGUUUCAGGGGAGCUCUUUGCUCAGGCCCCAGUAGAACAGUAUCCUGGUAUUGCUGUGGAGACAGUGACUGAUUCCAGCCGCUACUUUGUAAUUCGGAUUCAGGAUGGGACUGGGCGUAGCGCUUUCAUUGGCAUUGGCUUCACGGAUCGGGAUUUCAGCACUGCGUCCAGCUCUGUUCCAAACCAGGCACCACAGCCAUCCAACUGGGUCCAGUUCUGAGCAGCACUGGCAGGAUGUUAUGGAUAGACUUGAGGAAUAAAAUGAUCCUGAGGGCACCAGUCUGUGAGGGAAGUUAGGCACCCCUUCCCUCCCUAGAACCAAAAUUACUGGACAAUCUUUCUCAUAGCUUCUCCAUUGAGUUCCAACUGGUUUAUGCCUCUCCCCUACCUUAAUACUUGCUAUCCUGGCAAGAAAAUCUCUCUUCUCUCCUGUUCACUAUGAGGGCAGGGGAAUAGUGGGUUUUUUCAUAUUUGGGCUAAUGUGAUUUAGGGCUCAAAAGGUCAGGGUCUCUUCAAAGGCGAAAAUGACCUCUGUCCUCUGUAAAAUUUUUCUCCAUCUUUGAACUUCCUUAACUUUUUUCAGAAUCAUCUCAUGACCCUUGUGUGCCUCUUUGUGAAGCCCUAUUUAGCAAUUGCAGGUAAAAUCCUUGAAACGUCCUUUUUCACUAACCGAAGACUUUCAAAAUGGACAGUCUAACCUCAGUGUUUCUAAAUUCAGAAUUUUGAUAGGAGUAGGUAUGAGGAAGCCCUGUACUGGGUUUCUGCUAUGUGUCCUCCUUCAGGCUUAUCCUGGUCAGUGAACACCCAGUGCUGGUGCAGCUCCAUCGCCCUCUCGUGUGUUUACAUGUUUCCUAUGAUAAGAGGGUUGUGUGGGGGGGCACCCCACUGUCCUGUGUUUGUUGAGUAGUGCAGAUCUCUGAUGAGUGGUGUCUCUCAGAUAAAGGAGGUUCAAGGAGCUGUUUUCCAAGGUAUAUUCUAGAGAAGCAUUUGCUUUCUUGCGGCUCCAUCAAGCUGCUGUGUUUGAAGCACAGCAUUGCUUUCUAUUGGCCCCAUUAUUUGACCGAAGUUGAAGGGUUGAGAGUUUUUAACCUCAUCUGUAGAGCAGAGAGGUUGAAAACACUUACCUCUUGUUCAUACCCACAUUGCCUUGCUGCCUGGGUAGCUGUUCCCUUUCCAGAAACAUUUCUUUCUCAGUCUGUCUAGCUCUUAGUAGGAAACUGCUAGUAUGCGCACCAUCCUCAGCAGGAGGCUGGAGAGGCGUGGCUUCACGCCGUCGGUUUUGCCGGGUGACGGCUUUGCUACCCUCACCCAGGGUGUCUCAGAAAUGAGUUGUUCUCCCAUCACGUCCCUUCCCUUUGUCCCACCAUUCCUUUUACGAAGCUGUGAAGAGUUCCUUUGUUAGAUGAACAGGCACUACCUAUUCUGUUUGCUACUGGGCGGUUUGAAGGAUGAAAUUCUGGCGGAAGGGUGCCCUUAUAUUUAGUUUCCAAAUGCAUAGAUAUGUAUUCUGUCCUUGAUUUCCUUCUUGACUCUUUCUGAUUUUGGGUCCAUAUUUUUUCAUUGCCACCCCUUCCAGGCAGCUCUAUUCUUACAGAGCCAUGGCAGGAUAUUUUAAAAUUCCACUAGAAAACACUAAAAGGAAAC